CCAAACCCCAGAUCCAACAGUCGCUGACUCUAACGCCCCCUCCGCCGCCGGGGCCACCACUGCCAAAAUGAUAGACGGUGGUGUUUAUUAAUGCUCAUAGAAAGCGACCACCUGUCUCCAUGAUUCAGAAUUACCUGGGAGUCGGCUGGGACAAACAUUUUAUGGGUUGGGAUUUGUUUCUAUGGGUUUUUUUUAAUUGCUAAUUGAGUAGACCUCUCCUUCAAUUCGCUUCUUCCAAGAAAAAUAAGUGGAAGCCAGAGUAAAUGUCAAAGAAAAAGAAAGGGAGACAGCUCGAAAUACAAACUGAGAAUAAAAAAUAAGCUGUUGGGGCUCGCUUCAGUUGUUAGGUCUAGCAAUGUCUACUUUGAGACUGCUAGCACCCACUCACAAGCCAUUUCUAUUGAAAUCAAGUACAGUGGGGCACCCUCUUGAGCACACCAUUCAACUCUUAAAAGUAUCAGCUGAUACCAAGAACUUAAGGUUUGGUAAAAUGAUCCAUGCCCAUUUGAUCAUAACCAAUCAGGCCACCAAAGACAACAUAGUUCAAGUCAACUCUCUCAUCAAUCUUUAUGCAAAAUGUGAUCAAAUUAUGGUCGCCCGCAUACUAUUUGACGGAAUGCGCAAGCGAAAUGUAGUCUCUUGGGGUGCUUUGAUGGCAGGAUAUUUCCAUAAUGGGCUUGUGUUGGAGGUUCUUAGAUUGUUCAAGACUAUGAUUUCAGUGGAUUAUAUGCGCCCGAAUGAGUAUAUAUUUGCUACUAUUAUUUCUUCUUGUUCUGAUAGUGGACAGGUCGUAGAGGGUUGGCAGUGUCAUGGGUAUGCUUUGAAAUCUGGAUUGGUGUUUCAUCAGUAUGUAAAGAAUGCACUUAUUUGUAUGUACUCAAGGCGGUCAGAUGUGAAAGGGGCUAUGAGUGUUUGGUAUGAAGUGCCUGGAUUGGAUGUUUUUUCCUAUAAUAUAAUUAUAAAUGGACUUUUGGAAAAUGGGUAUCCAAGUGAGGCAUUGGAAGUUUUGGAUAGGAUGGUGGAUGAGUGCAUUGUGUGGGACAAUGUCACUUAUGUUACUGCUUUUGGCCUCUGCUCUCAUCUUAAAGAUCUGAGAUUGGGCUCGCAGGUUCACUGCCGAAUGUUCAGGACAGGGGUUGAGUAUGAUAGCUUUGUUAGUAGUGCAAUCAUAGAUAUGUAUGGAAAAUGUGGUAACAUUUUGAAUGCAAGGAAAGUUUUCAAUAGGCUGCAAACUAAGAAUGUGGUCUCAUGGACGGCAAUCUUGGCUGCUUACUCUCAAAAUGGGUGCUUUGAGGAAGCAUUGAAUUUCUUUCCAGAAAUGGAAGUUGACGGUCUGCUGCCUAACGAGUAUACUUUUGCUGUAUUGCUGAACUCCUGUGCAGGUAUAUCUGCACUGGGACAUGGGAAGCUAUUACAUGCAUGUAUCAAGAAGUCAGGUUUUGAGGGCCAUAUUAUUGUUGGAAAUGCUAUGAUUAAUAUGUACUCAAAGAGUGGCAGCAUUGAAGCUGCACAUAAAGUGUUCUUGGAGAUGAUAUAUCGAGACUCAAUCACUUGGAAUGCAAUGAUAUGUGGACUAUCCCAUCAUGGGCUUGGUAGAGAAGCUCUAGUUGUGUUUCAAGAAAUGUUAGCUGCGAAAGAGUGUCCUCAUUAUGUAACUUUUGUUGGGGUUCUUUCUGCUUGUGCCCAUUUGGGUUCAGUGCAGGAAGGUUUCUACUAUUUGAAUCAGUUAAUGAAACAGACAGGCAUUGAACCUGGGGUGGAGCACUAUACUUGUAUUGUUGGGCUUCUGUGUAAGGCUGGACGACUUGAUGAAGCUGAAAAUUUUAUGAAGUCUACACCAGUUAAAUGGGAUGUUGUUGCUUGGCGAACUUUGCUCAGUGCUUGUCAUGUCCAUCAGAAUUAUGGUCUGGGGAAGAAGGUGGCUGAAUUAGUCUUACAGAUGGAUCCUGGUGAUGUGGGAGCAUAUAUCCUGUUAUCUAACAUGUAUGCCAAGGUAAAGAGAUGGGAUGGGGUUGUGAAGAUUCGAAAAUUAAUGAGAGAAAGGAAUGUCAAGAAGGAACCUGGGGCAAGCUGGAUAGAGAUAAGAAAUAGUAUCCAUGUCUUUGUUUCAGAAGGCAAGACGCACCCAGAGUCGAAUCAGAUUUAUGAGAAGGUUCAGGAAUUAUUAACUAUGAUAAGACCAAUGGGGUAUGUGCCAGAUAUUGCUGCAGUAUUCCAUGAUGUUGAAGAUGAACAAAAACGAGAGUAUGUUAGUUAUCACAGUGAGAAGCUGGCAAUAGCAUAUGGCCUUAUGAAAACACCUUCCGGAGCACCUAUCCGUGUCAUUAAGAACCUUAGGAUGUGUGUUGAUUGUCAUUCUGCUGUGAAACUCAUCUCGAAGGUCACAAACAGGGUGAUAAUUGUUCGAGAUGCUAACCGUUUCCAUUGUUUUGGAGAUGGAGGUUGUUCCUGUGCAGAUUACUGGUGAUGAAAUUGCAUUGCUUUUGCAGCUCAAAGGUUGAAGGGAGGCCAUCAUGUUGCAGACUCUCGGAUGAAUCAACAGUUGAUAAGGGCAAAUGACCAAUUAUGGAGAUGGCUUGAAGUUGAUGAUGCUCUGGAGCGUCCUCUUAGCAGAGAGUGGUUCCUUUUGCCAUAAGGAGAGGCUGGUGUACAAUCCAUUUGUUUUAAGGAUGAGAACAAACCCUGCAUAAAAUUGGGAUUGUGUUCCAUACAGAUUUUUCUGGUAUAUCAUAAACCACACCUUCACCCAAGGUUUCCAAAGAUGAACAUGGAACGGUUGAUGAGUAAGUAAUAAAGAACAAAAUAAACUUUAUGUUUGAUUUUUCAUGAAGUGCAUUUCCUAUUAGAUUUCACCCUCAUUUGGAAUAGCUUCUUGUUUUAGGCUUUGAGUGGAAGCUAAAGACAAUUUUUAAGGGACAAUAUUGGUAUUGUAAAAGGAACAAAGGUAGGCGGCUUGGGGCAUGUCCAAACUUUCUUAUUGAUUCCAUCCAUUAGAUGUUAUUGAUUAUGGUUAUGAUAAGGUGGGUGAUACAUUUAGAUUUUUAUUUUUUAUAAACCUAAUAAGUUCCAUCCUUUUUGUGUUUUUAAUUAAAAAACUUGAAAUAUCACUUGUGGAGGAAUGAAUUCAUAAAUAACAAUUAAAAUAUUCUUCUUA